UAUUAUGGCCUAGGAAUGAGUUUAUUUUCAUUGUGUUGUUGGAGCAGAGCAAUGCACAAUAUUAAUCCAGACGGACAGUACAUGAAUGCAAAUGGGGCUCCGAACCCCGAGAAAGUGUGUAUAUUGGAUGCCGGAGCUCAGUAUGGGAAGGUGAUUGAUAGAAAAAUAAGAGAAUUAUCAGUAGAAUCUCAUAUUUUGCCACUUGAUACUCCGGCAUUUAAUAUCAAAGAAGCAGGCUAUAAAGCUAUUAUUAUCUCAGGAGGUCCCAGUUCUGUGUAUGCGGAAGAUGCACCCAGAUAUGAUGCUGAUAUCUUUAGGAUAGGGGUGCCAGUUUUAGGAAUAUGUUAUGGGAUGCAAAUGUUGAAUAAAGAGUUUGGAGGCACAGUUCAACGGAAAGAAAGCAGGGAGGAUGGUCAAUUCACAAUAGAAAUCGACACAAAAUGUCUCCUAUUUAAAGGCCUGGAUAAAAAGCAGGAAGUUCUUUUAACUCAUGGAGAUUCAAUUGAAAAAAUAGCAGACAAUUUUCGAUCGAUAGCACAGUCCCAGGCUUUCUGUGCCGGUAUUUAUAAUGAAAAGAUGCAUUUGUAUGGUGUUCAGUUUCACCCUGAAGUAGACUUAACUCCAAAUGGCAAAACAAUUUUCAGAAACUUUUUGUUUGACAUUUGUGGUUUGACAGGAAAUUUUACAAUAGCUGGUAGGGAGUUGGAAUGCAUUAAAUACAUCAAGGAGACUGUUGGGAACAAUAAAGUGCUUCUUCUUGUCAGCGGUGGUGUAGAUAGUACUGUAUGUGCCGCUUUGCUGUAUAAAGCUUUAAAGCCCGAGCAGAUUAUCGCCAUUCACAUUGAUAAUGGUUUCAUGCGAAAAAAUGAGAGCUCCAAGGUGCAGACCUCAUUGCAGAAAGUGGGCUUAAGUUUGACGGUCAUCAAUGCUGCCGCAAAGUUUUCUGAAGGCAGCACGGUAGUGCCAAUCGAUAAAGACGAUAAAGUUAAUAAUGUAUUAGUAGGCAAUCCAAGAACACAGGUUACCAAAAUGUUGUGUCAUACGACUAAUCCGGAAGAAAAGCGGAAAAUUAUAGGAGAUAUUUUUGUUAAAAUAUCAGAUGAAAUUAUAGCGGAUCUGAAACUAAAUCCCGAAGAGGUGUUUUUAGGACAAGGAACCUUGCGACCUGAUCUUAUCGAAUCUGCAUCCUCUUUGGCUUCAGGGAAGGCAGACACUAUAAAAACUCAUCAUAAUGAUUCGGCACUGAUAAGAAAAUUAAGAGAGGAGGGCAGAGUGGUAGAGCCUUUAAAAGAUUUUCACAAGGACGAAGUAAGGUCAAUAGGGAAGGACUUGGGACUGCCUCCCGACCUUGUUAUGAGACAUCCAUUUCCGGGACCGGGUUUGGCCAUUAGGGUAUUGUGUGCGGAUGAGCCUUACAUGGAAAGGGAUUUUUCUGAGACUCAGGUGCUAGUCAAAAUUUUAGUAGAGUUCGAACAGAUGUUGCAAAAGAAACACGCAUUACUCAACAGGGUGGAGAGCGUGACUACUGAUGAAGAGAAGGCGAUUCUUCGACGGAUAUCUUCGAAACAACGUUUAGCUGCCACCCUGCUGCCUAUUCGGUCAGUGGGAGUGCAAGGGGAUAGGCGCAGCUACUCGUAUGUCGUAGGUAUAUCCACGGAACGAGAGCCCGAUUGGUCGGACAUAAUUUUCUUGGCUCGUCUCAUGCCGCGCGUCUGUCGUAACGUCAAUCGAGUCUGUUAUGUAUUUGGGAGCAUAGUUAAGGAACCUCUACCGGACGUUACUCCCACUUUUUUGACCAGUAACGUGCUAGCCACACUGAGGCAAUGCGACGAUGUGGCAAAUACGGUUCUGCAGAACAGUGGAUAUGUUAGCUCAGUAAGUCAGAUGCCUGUGAUCCUAAUCCCUCUACAUUUCGACCGAGACCAAGCGACGAGAACGCCCUCUUGUCAGCGCUCAGUCGUUCUUAGGCCAUUCUGUACACAAGAUUUCAUGACUGGAAGUCCGGCCAUUCCCGGAAAACAACUACCCAUGGAUGUUAUAUUAAGGAUGGUCCAGGAGGUAGAGAAAGUGCCGGGCAUAUCGAGAGUGCUGUAUGAUAUGACCUCGAAACCGCCAGGAACCACGGAGUGGGAAUGAUGAAAACCGCAACGCCAGCGACCUCCGACAGCAGUUUUGUUAUAUAAAAUAUUAAUUGUAAUAUUAUUUGUUAGAACAGAAAGCAUGGUUGCACUUACACAGAAGGUUAAAACCGGCCGACCACUCACGCCCAUUGGCAAUUUAUUGUUUUUCUUUUUUCUUCGUUCUAAUUGAUUGUUAGGUACUUUAUACAAGUCAUUUCAUUUUUUUGUCGAUUGGGUAAGUUAUAAUUUACUUUUUUUUAUCGUUUUUGGUUGAUACUUUUUCAAUUUACUAUGAUUUUUAAGUGGCGCAUCUGGAAGAAGCCUACAUAAAUCCGACAUGUCAGGUUAAGUGCACCUUAUCAUAUGGGCCGAAAUUUGUUAUGUACAUUUUGUUUUGUUGAAAGUAUUUUUUUAAUCUUCGUCUGUGUAUAUUGUUUUAAUGGUUCGAGUUUCAGUCGAUUCAUCGAGAUUAGUUUUACUCUCUUUCAAGGGAAGAAUUUUAAUAUCGAUUCAUUGUAAUUUAUAUUUUUGUCAUUGAUUGCUCCUUGCAAAUAAACAUUUAAAUAAGA